AUGACAUCUGAGGUAUUCAAGCUGAAAAGCCUCUCUGAACAAGUCAAAAAUGGCUACAUUAGAGAAGCUAAAGAGAGGCUAGAGGCUCGUAUGGCCAGAGAAGCUGAAGAGAAAGCUAAAGAAAAGGCAAGACUGGAAGCUAAAGAGAAAUCAAGAAAAGAAGUAGAAGAAAAGGCCACCGCUAGGGCUGCUGCUGCUGAAGCUGAAGCCAAAGCUAAGGCUGACGCUGAAGAAGCAUCACACAUUGAUGCGGAAGAAUCUUCCACGACAAAGGAAGUGGCUCUGACUCAGGGUGAGUCAUCUAACUCUGAUAUUUCUCCACUGGUGCUGAAGACUCUGGAGGAACUCCAGAAAGAACAACAAAUUGUAAGAGCCAGAUUGGAUCAACAGGACUUUGUCAACUCCAACAUUCAGAGUCUCCUGACUCAGCUGCUCCAGAGGAUGUCGCCUCCUCCAAACCCUUAG